UUCCUUUCCUCAGACGCCCGUGAUCCCGUUGGGAAUAGAGCGGCUAGCGAGAGACCGCAUCGUUGCUGUAUGUAACACACUUUAUUUUUACGAGGUGUCUCAUGUUCACUGUGAGGAUCUUCUGAGUGAAGCCAGCAGAAGGAAAACCUCAUCUGGAUGUGAAGAAGGAGACUGAAUGGACAACAUCCUCGGUGAACCACUUCCUGUUUAACUUUCACUUACAGAACGACAGACCAACUUUCAGCAGUUUAUUAUUCUCUGUUCUUAGUAUUCACAGGUUCCAUUUAUCACCUUUAACUUCAUCUCUGCUGUUGUAGCAGAAAUACAAUAUAAAAAGUCCAUGUUAUUUAUAGCAGAUGUGCAGCAUUAAAACAGCUACACUUUCAGGUCAAGAGCUUCAUUGGUCCCUUUAUUGCACAUUUAAAAACUACAUUAUUUAACAAUUCUGAACGGUAAAGAUGUGUAAACACAUGAAAUAAAUGGAUGAAAUAAACAAUUUAUUGCUUAGAGUGAAGUGUAGAAACUACUGGUGGGAUGCGAUUAAAAAAGUAAUCUAUUUAAUUACAGGCUUUGUAAUUAAUUAAUCGCAAUAAUUGCAGUUUUGUCAAAUAGCAAUAUUUGACUAAGUGAAGUUUUUCAAUUCAAAUAAAAUUGUGGUUGACAGUUGAAUCAAUGAACAGACAUAUAUGUGUUUAUAAUUUAAAAUUUAUUUUAAAAAAGGAAAAUGGGACAUAUAGAAAAAGUGAUUUUGAUGACUUAAAGCCUGAAUUUAGUUGUUUUUUCCACUGUAUGGCACAUAGAAUCAGCAUAAGUAGUUCAAGGAGCUUCAGAAAGUUGAAAAUACAGAGAUUCAUUCUGUUUUCAUCUUUCCUGGGUCUAAUAAAUGGUGGAAUUUUGAUGGUUCUUUUUAUAGGAAUAUCAAUUUUUAUUUAUGUAACUUUUUUAUAAACAGAAUGUUUAUAAUGAAGUUAUUAAAAGAGAUAUUGUUGUUGUUUAGGUUGUUCCUCCUCCAAGGAGGCAGAGCCUUGAUGGAGUAAAAACUUAAACCACAAAAAUGUUUCAUUUCUAUUUAUCUGCAUUUUUCAUCUGUCUGCUACAUUCACAGAUUACUGCAAAUCUAAGUGCAUUUACAGCGAUUUUAUUCAACAUUUUAAGACUUUCUGUAAACUCGAGCACUGUCUAGAAAAGUGGUCUAUUAUGGGAUGGCUACACCAUUAGCCGUUAGCAUGACUUGUAGCUAACGUUAGCUCUGGUGCUAACAGCAACAUGUUUUACAUUGAGGUGAUACCGUCAGCUUGAAGUGACGCAGUGAUCAGAAAACUCUUUGUUGUACAAUUUGCACACAACCAGGCUUUUAUCCAAGCUGCCAUCAGGAAGAUUUUUAAAAGAAAACUUUCUGCCCAACAAACUCAAUCUCGUCUUCCUUCACUGUUCACCAGAGCCUGACUUCACUCAGUGCUUCCUGUGCUUCUUCUUCAUGGCUAUAAACAGACUUUAGGUUCAUUACCGCCACCUACUGGAGUGUUCAUCAGAGUUACUGGUGUGCCAGAAAUGAGGGAACUGAGGAGGGUGCAAUUAAUUAUUAUUUUUAACGCGUUUUUCCCCCCGAUGUAAUUAAUUAAUUAAUCGAAAUUAACGCGUUAAAGUCCCAGCCCUAGUAAAAACUGAACAGUCACAAGACAAGUUAUAUUAUGAAGAGAGGCGCUGAAUCUGCAGCAUUAUUGUUAUUACUGGAAGGAUGAGGAGGACUCAGUGCUGCUCUUCCUCACAGUGAUGAAGGAGAAAAGACUCUUCAGACAACCACAGCUGGAUGUUCAUGUUCUCUGGAGCUCUCAGUCCAUCAGACCAGAUGUUCCCAAUGAUCCAGACCAAGGCUGGAAGGAAAAGACACUAACAGUGAGGAAAAGAUCUCCAAGAUCCUUUCAUUCCAGCUGCUGGAACAUUAAAUAUGAGAGUGAACAUAUCAGGAUAUGAAUGGAACACAAUACAGUGUUGUGUUUUGUCCUAUUUUUUAAUCUUCUGGAAAUGUCUGUUUUCCUGGUUGAGGCUAAAGACCAUUUUACUGCCUUAGAUGGAUAAUAACGUUUAUUCUUUUUCUUCUAAUGUAUCAUUAGAAAUUAGCAUGAGCUCCACAGUUGUCUGACCAUACACUGUUGGAUGAACAGAAGCUGUUAAAAACAGUAUGAACCAAAGAACAGAGAUAUUAAGUCAGAAUUGAACUGUCCUUCAUUCACUGAACUAAGAGAUCAACAUUCAUCAGUAACAGAGUUCUGUGGAGGAAUAUUAAUGUAGAUUAAUUUCUGUCUUCUGAUCAUUAAUGAACUGCACCUCGAGACAGUAGUUAUCGAUCUGUUAUGACUGAUCCAUUAUGAUUGAUCAGCUGUGACCUGCAAGACACUUAGCUACAGCUAACAGUUAACUAGUUUAUGACACUGACAAACCUGAUUCAGCAUUAGUGUGAACACAAAGUUAGGAAACGUAACUUGAGAUUUACAGAACAACUCUAAAACACGAUGUUAGAACAUGUUUAUAUCAGAGGUUCCAGUCUUAUGUUAACUUACAGUAACUUCAGCUACAGUAACGUAGGUGAUUGUUUUAUAUGUGAUAUUCUCCAGUUGUGGAGUAGAGUACAGCUAGUUACAAAGCUUACUAAUGUUGUUAGCAGCAGCGUCGGUAAACAGCAGAAGCUGGGAAAUGAGGGCGGGACAGAGAGUCCUCGGCUCUCAGUCAGUCUGACCAAUCACUGCUCUCCGGCUCUGCCCUCUGAGAAUCUUUUUUUCAUCUCUGGCUCCAAAAAUCCAAGAUGUCAACCAGGAAGUAGCAAAAUUUGGGCUUCAUUUUCUCACUGCAGAAACCAGCAGGUGACGUCAUGGGUGCUACGUCCAUCUUUAUAUACAGUCUAUGCCAUCAUCAUACUUCUAGACCAGGUGAAAUGCUUUCAGACACUUCAGCUACAACCAACCCUGCAUUAAGUAAUCUGAUAACAUAUAUUUCCCAGGAGGUGAGAAAGACUAUAAGAGUCCAGUUAAAGGAGGAAUGUGGAGGAAGGGAUGUUAGGUGCACACAAGCUCAGAGUAGUGUAGACCACUUACCCAGUGACUCUAGCAAAGUUAGUUCUACAAGAUGUGAAAGAACCUCCAGUUUUCAGAGGCGAUGGGUCAGACAGGAAUGCAGUCUGUGAAUGGGAAGAGCUAAUGAGAAGAUAGCUCACAAAACAAGCCAUACCGGUGAAAGAACAGCAUGCUGAAAUGUGUAAGCUAAUGACCAAGGCUAAAGGCAUUGUGAGGAUAACUUCAAGGAGCAGCCCUUCACUGAAGCCCCUGGAGAAACCCGACAUCAUUUUAGAUAUCCUCAGGCAACAUUUUAGUGAUGUGACCUAUUCAUGCAUGUCCAUGGCUGAUUUUUACAGCACACAGUUCCUGUGGAGGGAGAAAAUCCUGUAGAGUACUUGGUUUGGCUGAACAAGGCAGUUGAUGCAGCAGAGGAGUGCCUGAAAAGGGUAGGAAAACAUGUAGAAGAUCCCUGUCAAGAAGCAGUUAUGAUGUUUGUUAAAUACUGCCCAGAUCCAAGUCUCACUGCUGUUCUCAAGUUCAAAGCACCAGAUAAAUGGACAGCCAGUGAAAUUCAAGAGCUCAUUGAUCGUUACCAAAUUGAAGCAAAAGAACAGGUGCUCUCCAUUUCAAAACGUCCAAAGCCAGUCACAGUUCAUGUGCAGACUCCUGCUCCCGAUGAUUCAAAAGCAGCAUGCCAUCCAGGUGAAAUCUCUGUGCAGCUGGAAAAUUGUGGAGCAGAUAAAUCUUCUUGUGAUGAUGGCUGGCCCGCAUAAGGUGAGGGGAUGUGUGGGCACCAAUAAAGAAAUCCUCAGUAAUUAUGACAUUGAGCAGCACUACAUGAAAGCAUGUGUAGCUGCACCAGUUGGUGCUAAAGUGAUAGCUCAAAACACACAAAGAAUAGGCCCUUAUGAUGAACUGUUUUACACCCCUGUUAGCAUUAACAAACUGCGAGUUCAGGGGAUGCUUGAUUCAGGCUCUAUGGCAUUGCACACCUAGUGAAAAAGCAGAGCAGAAGAUGGUAAGUGAUGGUGUACUCUUAAAGUCCAUUCCCUUAACUCAAGAAAUUGUGCUAGUAGGUUGUGGUGGAACGCUGAGCAAGCCCAAGUGCAUGUAUGAGGUGGAAAUGAAACUGUAUGGAGAAACCUGUGUUGUCCCCAUUCUUGUAGUGCCAGGCCAACGUGAUGAUUUAAUCAUAGGCACAAAUGUCAUCAGGUUCCUCAUGCACCAACUGAAAAUCACCAGUGACUACUGGCAUCUCGUUUCCAGUGGCAGUCUUCUUCAAGUGUGAGCAGUUUCUUGACCUCAUGGCUAAUUCAUCCCGGUGGCGAGGUGAUGAGCUUCCAGACAAGAUUGGCACAGUCAAACUUCAGCAGUCAGUCACGCUGCUAGCAAGGCAAGAGCACCUUGUGUGGGGUCACCAGAAAGUACAGUGAUCAUUGAGCCCACUUCAUCCAAGUCUAUGCCACGCAACAUUAUGGUUGGGCGAAUUAUCACACCAUUAUGGGGGGAUAGGUGAGUUCCCAUGAAAAUUACUAACCUGUCAGAUAAGACUGUUACCCUGAAGAGGAACUGUAAGCUGGCAGAUGUCUUUCCUUGUUUGGCUGUGGAGGAGUUUGAGGUCUUCCAGGGCACCAGCAAACCUGAAAAAGCUAAACAGGAGGAAAAGUGUAGCGAUACCCAGUGCACAGACUUCAGACAUUGGCUACAACAGGUUGGUCUAAGCGACGUUGACAUUAACUUGUGUCAGACUGGACAAGCAGGCAAAAUGAAAUUGGUUGAGCUGCUUAAAAGAUACAAUGACAUUUUUUCCAAGUAUACGCUGGACUGUGGCGAGGUAAAAGGCUUCAAGCAUCGCAUCCAUCUCACUGAUGAAAGACCAUUUCCCCUCCCUUACUGCUGAGUACCACCAUUAUCAGAGACUGCGGCAAGUUCUCUCUGAGAUGAAAGAACAGGAAAUAAUAAGGUAGUCAGUGAGUGAGUAUGCCUCCCCUCUUGUAUUAGUGAGGAAAAAGGAUGGCAGUUUGAGAAUCUGCACUGAUUUCAGGUGGUUGAACGCCAGGACCCUGAAGGACGCGCACUCGUUACCACACCAAUCAGACUGUCUAGCUGCUCUGGGUGGAAACACCUACUUCAGUACAAUGGACCUGACUUCAGGGUUUUAUAACAUCCCAAUGGCAGAGGAAGACAAGAAAUACACGGCAUUCACCACACCUAUGGGACUGUACGAAUAUAACCGAAUGCCACAAGGCCUGUGUAACAGCCCAGCCUCAUUCAUGAGAAUGAUGCUCAGCAUUUUUGGGGACUUAAACUUUAGCAAUCUUCUGUGUUAUCUUGAUAACCUGCUUGUGCUUGCUUCAACUGAACAGGAGGCUUUGGAGAGGCUCGAGGUCGUGUUCCAGAGGCUGCGUCUCCAUAACCUCAAAUUGAGUCCCAAGAGGUGUCGUCUAAUGUGCUCCUCUGUGAAUUUUCUGGGUCAUGUCAUAGAUGGCAGCGAAGUAGCUGUAGACCCAGCAAAGGUUGAGGUCAUAACAAAUAUGUCAAAGACUGACCUAAUGGAGGAUGAUGGCUGCACACCAUCUGUAAACAGGAUAAAAUCCUUCCUCGGAAUGGUAUCAUAUUAUCAGCGUUUCAUCCCCAGUUGCUCUUCUAUAGUCAAACCAUUGUUUGCUCUCACUGCAGAUCAAAAGAGGAGGGCAAGAACCAAAUCAAACACUAAUCCUGGUUCAUACAGAAAACUCAGCCCUUCUGAUUGGUCAGAUGAAUGUGAUGCAGCUCUGUCUAAACUCAAAGAUAGCCUUUUGAACUGUGUCAUUCUCACUCACUCAGACUUUUCUCAGCCUCUUAUCCUGUCCAUUGAUGCUUCUUUAGAUGGGCUUGGUGCUGUUUUGUCACAAAUACCAGCUGGACCAGAGAAAGCCCAUCCCAUUGCAUUUGCCAGUAAAACCCGGAGUAGUUCUCAGAAAAUGUAUCCAGCUCACAGGCACAAGUUUCUCGUAUUGAAGUCGAGUGGUUGUGAAAAAUUUAGUCACUGGUUGAGGGGACACCCUUUUACUGUAUGGACAGACAACAACCCGCUGACUUAUAUUUUGACCAAGUCUAAGCUAGAUGCAUGUGAGCAGCGCUGGGUGUCCAAACUUUUACCUUACACCUUUGAUUUAAAGCAUAUUCCUGGCACAAAGAACAUAGUUGCAGAUGCACUCAGUAGAGAUCUCUUUGCAACAACAGUCAGCCACAGGCUCAUCACAGAGCAGUACAGCCAUCUGCUUGCUGAGGCUGAAGGUGGUAGCCAUGAUGGAAUACAGGACACCUUCCGUUUAAAGGUCCAGUGUCAUCAGGUGAAGAAAACAGCUCAUGGUGGUGUGGAGCCUCAGACCAGCUCUCUUAAGUUUCAGUGUAAUGCUGUGGAAGUUAAGGCUCUUCUGGAUGUUCAUGAUCAGUGGGACGUGGUCGCUGAGACAAGGGCAGUGGAGAUAUUUCAGUCUGUUCAAGAUCUGUUGUUGCCGGGACAGGAUUUGCUUCCUGUAUUCACACUGGAGAUGCUCCAACGCAGUCAACAGCUUGAUCCAACUAUAUCAAGGCUCAUGCCAUUUGUGGACCGUAGGAGGCGCCCUUCCAGGCAUGAAAAGAAUGGAUUUGACUCUAAAGCAAUGGCACUCAUGAAGCAGUGAGAGAGGCUUAAGAUCCAUAAUGGAGUCCUCUACCGGGUCACCAAGGACCCCCUGAGCAAGCAAAAGAGACAUCAGUUUGUGCUGUCUGAUAAUAUCAAGGAAAAAGCACUGUUUGGCAUUCAUGAUGUUGCUGGACACCAGGGGCAUGCAAGAACUCUACACCUGGCAAGACGGCAGUUCUUUUGCCCGAAGAUGGAGUCUGACAUAAAAGAGCAUGUGAAGUGCUGUCAAAGGUGCAUUUUAGCCAAAACACCAGGCCCGUCUGAUCGAGCCCCUCUUGAGAGUAUUAGAGCUUCAGCCCCCAUAGAACUAGUGUGUUUGGACUUCUGGAGAGCAGAGGAUGGUAAACAACACUCAGUAGAUGUUCUAGUUCUGACAGAUCAUUUCACUAAGCUAGCCCAUGCUUAGUGAAAAAGUAGCUUUCUGCCCUGUUGGAGCCUAAUGUCAGGAAUCAGUCUUGAUAUUGUCGAUCUCUUUUAAUUUGCCAAUCGCAGCAUGCCUAGAAGGGAAAGACUCAAGAGAGACAUAGAAAGAGAGCUACAGCAAGCCGCCCAGGGAAGCAACUCUCUGCUCUCCUGAAUUAAAAAAAAAACAUCUAAGGAGGAUGAGGAGACAGAUCAUGAUCAUGAAGAACAAAGGUCAGAGUGUCAGGGCUCCCUCCUCUGUCCCAGCUUCAGCCCCCACCUGACCUCCCUCAUCCUCCCUCAUCCUCCCUCAUCCUCCCUCUCCCCCUCCUUCCUCCUAUUCCUCUCUCCACCUUCCUGCUCUGUCCAGCUGCUGCUCAUCACCAAUCACUCGUCAACCGAACUCCGGGCAGCUGUGGUGCAGCACACCUGAUGAUCAUCUCCACCAUAAAAGCUGGCUGCACACUCCACACCCUGCCAGAUAGUAAACUCUGCUCAUGCAGUCAGUCGUCUAGCCUUGAACCUUUACUGAGAUUUUUCCAUUGAAAAGCUUUACCUUGACUAACCCUGUUUCUCUUGCCUAGCUCCGCUGACCCAGCUGCCCGGUUCCACCUGCUCUGUCCUCCCGUCUCCUGCACUCUGGAUCCAGCCCUGACCAGACCUCCCCCCCGCUGCCUCCCUCACCUUGGACCUGCUGCCUGCUCCUGGAACCCCUGCUCAUCGUGGAGGGUCUCUGCCUGCCGUACUCCCCCCUCGGCUCUGGAAAACACCCCGUCUGUCGCCCCUCCUGGAACGAGGCCCUCCUGCCCGCUCUCCGCCGCCCCACCCCACGGAGAACGCCAACCGGGCCACCGGUUCCUGGUACAGUCACCCCCCCAACCUCCCUUUUAGUUCAGUUAUUCCAGUCACCAGGUUCCCCACCCCGUCCAGCACUCCCCUUUGUUUUGUUAAAUAAAAUCCACCUUUGUUCUUGC